GGGACUUCCUCUUCCUCUCAGAGCAGGUGUAGCUGCCACAGCGUGACAGGGACUACACCCUGACCCCCAACAUGGAGGGGGGCAAGGGGCCCAGGCUCAGAGACUUCCUGAGUAGGAGUCUGGCCACCUGGGCGCUGGGACUGGCUGGGCUGGUGGGGGAGGCAGAAGAAUCAGUGGGGACAGAGGAGGAGGAGGAAGAGGAGAAGGAGGGGCCUCUUUGUACAGAGAAGAGAUUCCUGAGACUGAGCGAUGGAGCCUUACUCCUUCGGGUCCUGGGCAUCAUUGCUCCCAGUUCCCGAGGAGGACUUCGGAUGCUCAGGGGCCAUGAUGGUCCUGCAGCCUGUCGGAUGUGGAACCUCCAUCAUCUGUGGGGGCGACUGAGGGAUUUCUACCAGGAGGAACUGCAGCUGCUGAUCCUGUCACCACCUCCAGACCUCCAGACAUUGGGAUUUGACCCUUUCUCAGAAGAGGCAAUGAGCGAGCUGGAAGGCGUCCUUCGGCUGUUGCUGGGGGCCUCGGUGCAGUGUGAACAUCGGGAGCUCUUCAUCCGUCACAUCCGGGGCCUCAGCCUUGACGUCCAGAGCGAGCUGGCUGUUGCAAUCCAGGAGGUGACCCAUCCUGGUGCUGGUGUGGUACUGGCUCUGGCUGGACCAGAAUCUGGAGAGCUGGUUGCUGAGGAGUUGGAGACACAGUUACGGAGCCUGACAGGGAUGAUGUCUAGGCUGGUGCGAGAGCGUGAUCUGGGGGCACAGCGGUUGGCUGAACUACUGCUAGAGCGGGAGCCGGCCCGACUGCUUUUGCCAGAAGCUCCUGCUAAUGCUUCUGUGGAGGGUCCCUCACACCAUCUGGCUCUGCAGUUGACCAAUGCCAAGGCCCAGCUGAGACGCCUGCGGCAGGAGGUGGAGGAGAAGGCCGAGCAGCUGCUGGACUCCCAGGCAGAGGUGCAGGGCUUGGAGGCUGAAAUUCGAAGGCUCCGCCAGGAGACCCAGGCGCUGUCCGGACAAGCCAAGCGCGCAGAACUCUACCGUGAGGAGGCAGAGGCACUGCGGGAGCGGGCCGGCCGCCUCCCACGCCUGCAGGAAGAGCUGAGGCGCUGUCGCGAGAAGCUUCACGCUGCAGAGGUCUACAAGGGCCAACUUGAGGAGGAGCGGGUACUUUCCGAGGCCCUGGAGGCCUCGAAGGUCCUGCUGGAGGAACAGCUGGAGGUUGCCCGAGAGCGCUCAGCCAGGCUGCAUGAGACCCAGAGGGAGAACCUCCUGCUGCGCACGCGGCUGGGCGAGGCCCAUGCGGACCUGGACUCUCUGCGGCAUCAGUUGGAGCAGCUGGUAGAGGAGAAUGUGGAGCUGGAGCUGGAACUUCAGAGGAGCCUGGAGCCGCCCCCGGACUCCCCGGGGGAGGCCUCCCUCCCAGGAGCAGCAGCCUCUCUGCAAGACGAGGUGAGGGAAGCCGAGGCUGGGCGGCUAAGGGCAGUGGAACGGGAGAACCGGGAGCUUCGAGGCCAACUACAGAUGCUCCGGGCACAGCUUGGCAGUCAGCACCCUCUGCUGGAGGAGCAAAGCCAGGACUCCAGGCUGCCUGGGCCUAAUGGGAGAGCAGCAACUCCCCUGGCUCUGGAUCUCAGCCCCCAAAGCCCGGCUUGCCAGAUAGGAGGGGAAGGCUCUGAAUCUUUGGACCUGCCUUCCCCAGCAUCAUCUGACAACACAAGGCCAUCUGAGUGUCCCCAGGUACCUGAUUCACGCCCAGAGUUGGAGAGUCCUUACCAGAUGGUAUCUCAGGAUCCCCAGAUGUCAGACCAAGCUCCCCAAGAAUCAGACCCUACUGUAGAGGCACAUCAGUCCCCGGAGAAGUCGGGUCUUAGAGUCUCUCUCCAGAGCCCCGUUGUCCGGGACCCACCACAGGCUCCAGAGAUCAGAAUUGAAGUGCAGGAGUUGACUGGAAGCAAGGAGGCUCUCCAAGAGGAGCUGGAACCUGAGGCCCAGGUCCUGAAACAGGAAAGCCGCAAAUGCAGGCCCAGAUCCGCUGAGGUCAUCCUCCUGGAGCCGCUGAAGGAGCAGAAGACCCUGGAUCAGGAACUAGAACUGUCCAAGCCACAGACAGAGACAGGAGGGCAUGAACAGAGGCCCGAGGGGCUAGUCAGUAAACUGGUCCCUCAGAAGCCACAGCAGACAUCAGAAGAGGCACCUGAUGCCUGGUCCAGGGAGGAGCCAAUCCCAGGGGAGACCCUGACCAGUGUCAUCCCAGAGGAGCAGGCCCUCAGAGAUGAGGUAGCACAACUAAGGAGAGAGGUUGUAGGCCUUGAGGCUAAACUGCAGGCCCAAGCCCAAAGACUGGAGGCCCGAAGCGCAGAGGCUGUGUGCCUCUCUGAGGAGCUGGCCCAAGCACGUAGAACAGAGGCCGAAGCCCAUCAGGAGGCGGAGGCCCAUGCCCGGGAGCAGGCCCGUCUGCGUGAAGCCGUGGACACAGCAAGUCUGGAGCUGGAGGCUGCCUCUCGCGAGAGAGAGGCGCUGGCAGAGGCACUAGCAGCGGCAGGCCGGGAGCGAAGGCAGUGGGAACGCGAGGGGCCCAGGCUGCGGGCUCAAGUUGAGGCUGCGGAGCAGCAGGUGCAGGCUCUGGAGAGCCAGGUCCGCCGUCGUGUGGAGGAAGCUGAGAGGGAGCAUCUGGAGAAGCAAGCCCUUAGGGAGGAGCUGGAGAAGGCUAUGGUACGGGGCCAGGAAUUGGGGGACCGGCUGGAGCAUCUGCAGCAAGAGCUGGAACAGGCAGCCCUGGAGCGCCAGAAGUUCCUCCAAGAACAGGAGAGCCAGCACCAGAGGUACCAGCAUCUGGAGCAGCGUCUGGAAGCCGAGCUGCAGGCAGCGUCUACCAGUAAGGAGGAGGCACUGAUGGAGCUCAAGGCCAGAGCCCUGCAGCUGGAGGAGGAGCUGAUUCAGCUGCGCCAGUACCCUGUGAAUUUGGCAACUGAGGCACGAACUGAGCCUUGGACUGUGGAGACCCAGAAUGGACGGCUCAUCGAAGUGGAGCGAAAUAAUGCCACACUGGUGGCUGAGAAGGCAGCUCUGCAGGGGCAGCUGCAGCACCUGGAGGGGCAGCUGGGGAGCCUGCAGGGACGGGCACAGGAGCUCCUGCUACAGAGUCAGCGGGCACAGGAGCACAGCAGUCGCCUGCAGGCUGAAAAGUCGAUGAUGGAGAUGCAGGGUCAGGAGCUGCACAGGAAGCUGGGGGUGCUAGAAGAGGAGGUGCGGGCAGCAAGGCGGGCCCAGGAGGAGACCCGCGGGCAGCAGCAGGCUCUGCUCCGGGACCACGAGGCCUUGGUGCAGCUGCAGCGAAGGCAGGAGACGGAGCUGGAGGGAUUGUUGGUGCGGCACCGAGAUCUCAAGGCCAAUAUGCGAGCAUUGGAGCUGGCCCACCGUGAGCUUCAGGGCCGGCACGAGCAGUUGCAGGCCCAGCGGGCCAGUGUGGAAGCACAAGAGGCUGCCCUGCUUGCAGAGCGGGAGCGCCUGAUGCAGGAUGGACAUCGGCAGCGGGGCCUGGAAGAGGAGCUGCGGAGACUUCAGAAUGAGCACGACAGAGCUCAGAUGCUACUGGCUGAGGUGUCCCGGGAGCGAGGAGAGCUCCAGGGUGAACGUGGGGAGCUGCGGAGCCGCCUGGCGAGGCUGGAGCUGGAACGGGCACAACUUGAGAUCCAGAGCCAGCAGCUGCGUGAGUCCAACCAGCAGUUGGACCUGAGCGCCUGUCGGCUCACCACACAGUGUGAGCUCCUGACCCAGCUUCGCAGCGCGCAGGAGGAGGAGAACAGGCAGCUGUUAGCUGAGGUACAGGCCCUGAGCCGGGAGAACAGAGAGUUGCUGGAGCGCAGCCUGGAGAGUCGCGACCAUCUGCACCGAGAGCAGCGAGAGUACCUGGACCAGCUUAAUGCCUUGCGCCGUGAGAAGCAGAAGCUGGUGGAGAAAAUCAUGGACCAGUACCGUGUGCUGGAACCUGGGCCCCUACCCCGUACCAAGAAGGGCAGCUGGCUGGCAGACAAGGUGAAGAGGCUGAUUCGGCCCCGGCGGGAGGGGGCCCUCCAUGGGGGGCCACGCCUGGGGGCCGAUGGGGCUGGCAGCACGGAAAGCUUGGGGGGCCCCCUGGAGACGGAGCUCCCUGAGGGCAGGGAGGCAGAUGGGACAGGGUCCUCGUCACCAGCACCCAUGCGCCGUGCCCAGAGCUCUCUCUGCUUGGGAGAUGAGACCCUGGCAGGUGGGCAGCGGCGGAGACUCAGCUCCAGGUUCCCUGCGGGGCGAAGCUCUGCGUCAUUUAGCCCAGGGGACACCCCGAGGCAGCGGUUCAGACAGCGAAGACCAGGCCCCCUGGGAGCACCCAGUGCCCACAGCAAAGGAUCUGGUGUGGAAUGGGAUGGCUCCAUUAAGACCCUCUCGGAACAUGAAGCAGACGACACUCGAGAGGACCUCCAGGAGCAGAAACCAGAGAAACAGUUCCUUGCCCCUUCCCUCAGCCAGUGACACUGUGGAGACAGAAGGCUUAGGUAUGCAGCCUUCUCCCCGUUGUGGGGUCAGUGGGACUCCCAGGCAGCCCAAGAGCCGGUGGAACCAGGGACCCCAAGAAGACUCCUUGAACAAAGAGGCCUGGGCUCUCAGGUCCCCCACAGCCUACACUGGGGCUCUGAGAAGGAGCUGGGACAAGGCUGUGGACAGGAGAUAUGACUGGUCGGAACGGGUAGCUCCUCCUGGCCAGGGCUAUCGCUCUGAAAUACGGCCAUCACUGAGGAGGCCAUCUCUGGGAGAUUCGUCAGCUGAAGACAGCUGGCAAGAGUGGGCAAGAGAGCCCUCUGCCAGGUCUAGAUGGGGAGCUAGGACCCACUCCCUGGGGACAGGCCUGAGUUGAUAUCUGAGCAUUGUCUGGGGCAUGAGGGAGAGGAGAAUAAAGCUGUAACCCCUUGAA